AAAAUUGUUGUUAAGAUGACGAAGUUGGCGAAUAUGUUUGUAGGUUGAUUAGGGUGUUGGGUUUAUGGUUAUUCUGGUGGUGUUAUUAACGCAACAAAAUGUCCAAUUUAUGAUUAUAGGCAGUUAUUAUUUGGAUUAUAUUCAGCUGUUAAUGUACCGGAAGAUGUGGCUUGAAUCAUUUGGCGACCCACCACAUCGAAAUAAAAUGAUUGGAUGAUUAGAAUAAGAACGUGGAACCAGUAUUUCACCUGUUUUGUUUCAUUUUUCCACUGUUGGACACAAGAUAGUACCAGAAAGUUAGGGAGGAUGCUGGGUACACCCCCUCCAGCCUGCCCAGUUCGUUUGUGUGGUGUCACUGGCUAUGAUGGACGAAUUAAUGAUGUUGUCUAUUGCCAUCCUUCUGUAAGAGCUGAGCAAGAUAUGGCAGUUGUGUUUUUUGGUGGAGAUGUGCAGGACUUUCCUGAGAACAUGGAAAAUCAUAGAGAUAACAAGAAUUAUGUGAAAUGGAAUCUGGAAAGCACUGCCGUGUUACUUCAUUCUUAUUUUCCCGAUAGUCAUAUUGUAGUUGUGAGACCAUCAAGAUUGACUGCUCCUAAACUUGCAACAUUCAUGGAAUUUGUCUCGUCAGAAAUGGAUCAAAACAGGAUGGAGUUUAAGACAUUUAGUUGUUAUGACAAUUUUGUUCCUUGCAACAACUGUGGAGCCCCAGAUCAUACACCUACUCACUAUGCAUUGCAACAUCUGGAGCGCUUGCUGCAGGGUAUCUCACAGCGUCUUCGUACUAUGCCUGUGUCUGAACUGCUUCCACCAGCACCAGAUGAGCCAGGACCACCUACAGAGGAAGCUGUCAUUGAUGAUAGGGAUGGUCUGCAGCCACAAGAGGAGGAGGAUGAAGAAAUGGCUCCACUGUGGUGGAGAGAGGGCCUCAACUUGGAUAAAGCUCACUUGGUGCUUAUAGGGUUCAGUAAAGGUUGUGUGGUCUUGAACCAGUUCAUCUAUGAAUUCCAUUAUCUCAAGACUCUAACCCCAGAUGAUGAUACAAUGAUGAGACUUGUGUCAAGAAUUCAGGAUAUGUAUUGGUUGGAUGGUGGACAUGCAGGUGGCAAAAAUACAUGGAUUACUUCCAGAAGUCUUCUAGAGACUCUCACACGGUUAGGCAUUGGGAUUCAUAUCCAUGUGACUCCAUACCAAGUACAUGAUGAGCGCCGCCCAUGGAUUCGAAAGGAGGAAAAAACAUUUGGUGACUUGCUGAGAAGGUUAGGGGCCCCUGUCCAAAGAACCUUGCAUUUUGAAAAUCAAGUUGCAAGUCUGUACACACAUUUUGAGGUGCUUAAUGCCUUUCGGCAGGCUGCCAAGUGAGUUAUUUCUCUUUAAAUACUAAAAAGUGAUAAGAACGGAAAGUUUUCCUACAACGUCCAUAACAACGUGGCUUACCUUACCACAUGGUAAGUUUUCAUUAGUUCACAGGUCUUCAAAGUGAGCUGUCUGAGCUGCAGUAUACAGUAUGUUUUAAAUGAUCAGGUUUGUCUGGAUGCACCUGUGCUGCACUUAUAUACUGUGAUGUCUUCGUUUUCUUCAAGCCUGUUAAUUUUCUGAAUUACAAACUUGUAUCAGAAUGAUAAAAAUGAAUACAGCUUUAAAAGUACUUACUCUCUAUGUAUGUCCUAGGGAGUUACCAUAAUCUAAAUAACACCAGUGCUGUUGUUGCUCUGAUCAAAUGACCAUCCAGUGGUGUGAAAAUAAAUUUCCAUGGAGGUUCAAACUUUAAUGUAAUACCUUUGGUUUUAGAUCCUAGGUGUACUUGUAGGCCUUAACAGUUUUAAUAAAACUUGUUAUUCUCAAGUUUGUAUUUUCUACUUGGAUAAAAUCGUGAAACAGUAGUUACACCAUCUUGAUUUAUUGACUGUAUUUACAGUUUGUUACAAGAAUGGACUACAAUGUACAUAUAUUAGAUUUACUUAUUAUUUAAAAUACAUUGGUUUGAAAUGCUCAGUCCACAUAAAUUCUAGGUUUCAGCCUCCUUGUGAAAUUUUUAUUGGUGUGUGGUCUGUAUACAUUGUAGAUUUCAAAAGUUCCUGGCAGUUGGAAUGUAGGAAUACUCUUUUAUAAGUAUGUGUUUCAUAAUAGUCUUUAUUUGCUCUUUUCAUGUUAUAUUGAAGUGAUACUUCAUAAUUAAAAUGUAAGCUGUUUACAACAUUAGUUAAAAGUUUGUGGUCAUAAAGUAGGGCAAGAAGUCAACAUUCUUGCAAGAAAAAGAUACAUAAUGUUAUGUAUUUUGUAUUACUUUAUCAUGUGAAUUAUUAGUUUUGUUUCUUACUGUGCGCUUCUUUAACCAAAAAACUUUUCCAUUUUAUGAUAAAAAGGUGAGGAGUUAAGAUUAAUCUUGCAUUAUACCUGUACACAAGUUAUAGCAUUCUAUCUGUCAAGAUACAUUCUGAUUUAUUUAAUCAAGAGCUAUGCUGUGUGAAUGAUGGUAUGUAAAUAAUGUAAGCAUUGUUUUUAUGUUUAAUAGGCUUUGUAGCAUAGUGCUUCUGUACAGUUCUUCAGAGAGGUAUUAUGUGUGUGUUAGAAGGAAAGAAAGGUUUCUAUACAAAACUGCUCACAGUAGCACACAGAAUUUUGACCAUCUGCCAAUAUAAACCCAAUAUGGUUUUAAUCUCUGUAAAUGCAAGGAUUAAUCCUAUGGCUUAUAGUUAGUUUUGAGAGAUGCAUGCAUUUUGAGGAAGUGAAAAUUGGUAUGUUUUAUGUAUUCCUCAAUUGGUGGUGUGUUAAAAGCAUUCAAACAAACUUUUAUAUUUAUUCUAGUGACUGAAUUUGUGCUAUUAUUUAUGGUUGAAUAUUUCAUUUUCUGCAUAUUAGAAAUGUUACCAUUUGUUUUUAAUACCACCUAAAAUCUAAUGAUGCUGAACCAUUAUUUAAUUGGAAACUUAGUGCAAAGCUCUGAUUUUGUAAAUAACCAAAAUUUUUGAAAAGAUAAUUAUUAAAUAGUUCUGCCCGUAACAAUGUCCUUCCUAAUCUCAAGUGUUCCAGGAACAAGUAUGUGUGUUGGUCAUUAUAAUUUAUAAUAUGAAUAUAAUGUGUACAGUUUUUUACAAGUUAUAUUACAGUAUACAUUACUACAGUAUAUAAAUAAAACUGACUUCUACCAUUUUGUGCUUUAAAAACCUUGUAAAGUGUAACUGUGGUGAUACAAAUUUCUGAAAUAUAAAAUACAGUAAUCGUG